GAUCUCUUUGACAUGUAAUUUAAAUGAUGUAGAAAAGCCCAACAAUAGCUCAAUAAUAAGUCAAUAAUAUUAUUAAUCACAAGUAAAUCAACAGCAAGUGAACAAUAAUAUAUAACAACAAAUACAUAAUAUAUCAAUAAUCAUACAUAAUGAUAAUAAUAAAUCAAUAAUAAAUAAUAAAAUCAUAGAUAUUCAUCCCCCCCAGUCAAGGUAGCUCCUUCCUCCUUUUUAGAAGUAGUGAUAUAAUAGCACAGGAUUCAUAAUCACGGAUGACGGUGAUAUAAUCAAUAAUGCUCUCAUAGAUUGUCAUCCCCCCCGCCCCGUUAGCCCUUGAUAUGCUGGAACAAGGAUGUUACAGACAUUGUGGAUGGCAUAAUGCCAGCAGUGGUGUUUGUACGUGUGUUCCAGAGGUUACUAGAAUGUCAAUUCGUCCUAACAUGUUUGUCUCUGCUGAUGUUCUGGCCUUUAAUGAGGGAGUGGGAGCUGUAGAUGUCAAGCAGAGAUCUUCUCUGAUGUAGUAGGUGGUGUCAAGAAUCUGCUCAAAUCUGCAUUGUCUUCAUCCCCCUCCCACAGAUUCCCCUGCCCAUCUUCCACUUUGGCAGCUCUGCUGCUGUGCGGCUAGGGGAGACUGUCCUGGCCUUCGGGAACCCUCCACCCUACAUAUGGACCAGAACAAUGUGGAUGGUGAGCGGGAGAAGAUUGCAUGGAAGCAUCAGUGUCAUCGUGCACAGCGCCUUCACUACCAUCUCUAUUCUUAAGGAGGAAGGUGCUUUGGACAACAAGGACUGGGUUCAUCAUAACAGAUGACGGUGAUAUAAUCACCAAUGCCCAAGUCGUCCAGGGGGGCUGCAGAGUGCAGGUGGAGCUGAAGAGUGGAGAUAGAUUUGAUGCCACCAUCAGACGUGUGGAUGAGGAGGUCAACAUCGCCCUAAUCCACAUUAAUUCAUCGAUGAAGCUGCCCAUCCUGCGACUCUGCACCUCCACAGCUGUGCGGUCAGGCCAGACGUUCAUCGCUGUUGGCAAUCCUCCAGCAUUCAAAUACACUGUUACACCGGGCAUUGUAAGCCACAGAAGGCUGUAUGGGGACUACGAUAUCAUCGUCCACAGCGCCUUCACUACUGAAGAAUUCUCGGGGGGACCGCUGAUAAAUCUGAUUAUCAUCCCCCCCACCAGUCAAGGGAGCUCCUUCCUCCUUUUUAGAAGUAGGAAUAUAAUCCCAGAUAUCGUGGAUGCCACAACACCAGCAGUGGUGUCCAUAUUAUGUUUCUGGAAAUCUCUAUUCUUCAGGAGGGAGGCUUGGCUGACACGGACUGGGUUCAUAGUCACGGAUGAUGGUGAUAUAAUCACCAAUGCCCACAUUGUCUGGGAGAGCUGCAGAGUGCAGGUGGAGCUGAGAAGUGGAGAUAGAUUUGAUGCCACCAUCAAACCUAUGGAUGAGGCCGAUAUCGCCCUAAUCCACAUUAAUUCAUCGGGAGGAUUCUCGGGGGAGCCGCUGAUAAAUCUGGGAAAUGGAUUUGUUUCCACUGCUCUCAUAGAUUGUCAACCCCCACCCCAAUGUUGGAACAGGAAUGUUACAGACAUUGUGGAUGUCAUAAUGCCAGCAGUGGUGUUUGUACGUGUGUUCCAGAGAUUCCCCUGCCCAUCUUCCACUUUGGCAGCUCUGCUGCUGUGCGGCUAG